AUGGCGGCGCCCAUGCGGCUCUCCUGGCACCUGGGGCGGCAAUGGUGGGCCCGGCCGCUGGCGAGGACGGAGAGCCGCCGCGCCGCCGCUGGGAAGAGCCGGCUGUACGAACAGCGGCCGGAGGAGGCCGAGCGGGAGCUGGAGAGGCGGAAGGGGCCCCUGGCGCCCGGCGACCUGCGCCAGAUUCUUGCUACUUGGAAGAGGCUUUCUGAGGUACAAGAGGAGAUCACAAAAGUUGAAGCUGAGAAAGAGGAAGUGGCCAGAAGUGUACAGAAACUUGUGAAAAACCAAGAGAAGACUGCGCUGCAGUCGCUCCCUGCUUACCAGACUUUGCGAGAGCGAGGGAGAGAACUCCGCCUCCAGCUCAACGUCUUGCGCCAUGAGGAGACAGUGUUGGAUGAAAAGUACUACCUGAGUGCCCUCAAGAUGCCCAACAGGACCCACCCUGAUGCGCCAAUUGGAGAUGAGAGCCAAGCCCGGGUGGUAGAGGUUGUUGGCGAGAAACCAGCUUUUGACUUCAAGGUGAAAGGACACUUGGAAAUAGGAGAAGGUCUGGAUAUCAUAAGGCAAAGGCGCUUGUCCCACGUCUCGGGCCAGCGGUCCUACUACCUGCGCGGUGCGGGGGCCCUCCUCCAGCAGGCCUUGAUCCAGUUCACCCUCAACAAGCUCGUGAAAAAGGGCUUCACCCCGAUGACUGUCCCCGAUCUGCUCAGAGGAGCUGUCUUUGAAGGCUGCGGCAUGCUUCCCGACGCCAGUUCUUCUCAGGUGUACAGCAUAGACCCUUCUCGCUUCGAAGACUUGAGUCUGGCGGGCACCUCUGAGGUGGGAAUUGCAGGCUACUUCAUGGAUCAUGCCGUCAAUCUAGAAGACAUGCCAGUCAGGACGGUGUGUUCCAGCACCUGCUACAGAACUGAAACGGACAACGGGAAGGAUCCGUGGGGACUGUACAGAGUGCACCAGUUUGCCAAGGUGGAAAUGUUUGGGGUUGCUGCAAACGAGACCGGGGAAGAGAGCACGGCCCUGCUGGAGGAAUUUUUGGCUCUGCAGAAAGAGAUCUUCUCUGAGCUGGGGCUGCAUUUCCAGGUUCUGGAUAUGCCUACACAGGAACUGGGCCUGCCGGCCUACAGGAAGUUUGACAUCGAGGCCUGGAUGCCGGGUCGGGGUACGUACGGAGAGAUCUCCAGCGCCUCCAACUGCACAGACUACCAGAGCCGGCGCCUGAACAUCAUGUACUACAACAGGCAGAGGCAGUUCCGUUACGCGCAUACGGUGAAUCACGACCCUGGGAGGGUUUACUCAGAAGCAAGCCCCAUUGCCAGCAACCGAGCUUACUCCCAGCUCAACGGCACGGCCUGCGCAGUUCCCCGAAUGCUGAUCGCUAUUCUUGAGUCCAACCAACGCAAGGAUGGCAGCGUUCGAGUGCCGGAGGUCCUGCAGUCGCUAGUGGGCAAGGAAAUCAUCGGCAAGCCUGGCUACACCCCACUGAAAUACAUUGGCCCAAACCAGCCCAGGAAACCCUGACGUGGCGGCCAAAGGAAACUGGGGCGUGUUGGGAAAGAGCGGAAAGACCCCUCGAGAUCCAGACUGGGAGGACGGCAAGAAGGAACAAAGGGGGUGCCACUGCUUGGGAGUUCUGCUCUCUGGUGACAGAAGCCGGGCUGGCAGGGGUUAAAAGCCAGCAGCAAGGUGAUCUUCACACCUGCACCCCACGGAAGACUCAUGCCUUCAUGGGAGGCCUCACAGACUUGGGUGUGUCGGACACAUUGCGAUUUGGAGGUUUUGACAUCUAUCGCACAGGGGGAUGUCUGAGCAGCCCAGAGGUUUUCCAGAAGAGCCGGGCCCCAGUAUUGUGUAUGUGUUGGGGGAGGUCUAGCUUCCCUAACCAGCACUCCUGAACUGUUCUCCCCCCCACCCCAAGUCUGAAAUCUGACUUUUCUCCUUCAUGUGGUCUUCUUAACCCACCAACCAAUCAGGGAUCUCUUCUAUUGGAGGGUCAAGUUUUGGCUUUGGCAUAAGAGAAUAGAAUAGCCGAUGAAACGGGAUGAAAGUGGUCAUACAAUAAAAGUGACUGGUUUACAGAAAAAA